AUGGUAUAUUACAGAUUUACAAACAUGGAGAGAACGGUCAGAACGCACUGCGGAUGGCGUGGCUCUGUGAAGACCCUCACCGUGCUGCUCCUGCAGCCGGGGAGUGUGUCCCUUCCCAGGGAAAUGUUUGGUUUCCUGCUUCCCCGUCUGCUGAGGCCCCUCCGGUACCGCCUAUCCCAGACAGGCCAGUGCCCGGGGACCCAGCCGCCACCACCGUCCCUCCCGGGCGGACAGCCGUGCGAGGAGCCGUCUUCACAGAGCCCGCUGGCAGUGGGCCGUUUCCUGUGGCGAUGCUCAGUAGCCUGUAGCAGUAACAAACUAGUGGCUAUUAAGGCAGAUGCAGUGUUCUCAUAG